AAUACGGAUUACUGCUUAAGAAGGGGAUCCACACUGCCCCUGACGUCCAAGUCGAGGAAGUCCGAAGUUUAGUUUUCGGCUGGGUAACUUGUUUGAUUCACAGAUUUCUUUCAGACCUCGACUACGGUAGGCCGACUCACGAUGUCCGGCGAUCAUCAUAAUGACAAGGAGGCCAUGAGUAUAUACUGUAUAACCCUCAACGGUCCAGCACCAUGGGGCUUCAGACUUCAGGGGGGGAAGGACUUCAGCAUGCCCCUCACGGUGUCCAGGCUGACCCCCGGGGGUAAGGCCGCCCAGGCCGGUGUGGGCGUGGGAGAUUGGGUGGUGUCCAUCGGAGAGACCAACGCAGAAGACAUGACCCAUGUGGAGGCACAGAACAAGAUCAGAGCAGCAGAGGAGUCUCUCACCCUCACCCUCAGCAAAGCUUUCCAUGCGGGUGGCGAUCAGAAGAUGGAUGAGAAAGAGGAUCAGCCUUUGUAUGACCACGAGAAUUACCAACACGAGAAGCACGGUCUGCGGGUGGAUGGCAUCCCCAUGUUCAUCCCCAACGACCGCAGCAAGAAGAGGCUGAUCGAGGACACUCAGGAUUGGCAGCCCCGCACAGGCACUACCCAGUCCCGUUCCUUCCGCAUGCUGGCCCAGCUCACAGGCACCGACUACAUGCAGGACCCAGACGAUGAGACAAUGAAGAGGGCCAGGGAAAAGUUCCUUACAGAGAUUCAGAGCCCCCGUUACGCCCGUCUGAGGGACUGGCACCACGAGAGGUCCGCACGCGCCCUCAACAUCAAGUCCUGAGCAUCACCAUGGCAACAUGCAGGGCCGGGCCUGAGCCCUAGCAACCGAUAGCAUCACGACAACGACGAAAACGAAAAUAGUCCGAUUAUCCAGACGACAACACACACACACACGAACACACACGAACACACACACACACACACAUCCCAGACGACAACACACACACACAUCCCAGACGACAACACACACACACAUCCCAGACGACAACACACACACCCCAGACAUACAGAGGAGGAAGAAAAAAAAAGAUAUAUAUAUAUAUAUAUAUAUAAAAUAGAGGAAUCUAUGAUCACUAAGCCAUACGUGGAACCAUUACAUACUGAGCCUGUCUGACUGUCAGAUUCCCUUGUUCUCCUUGACUAGGAGUUAGUGUUGAUAACAUCUUGUGGAUCACCUUGUGUGUAACAGGCCUGGGGCACAUACGUCAAAUAUGAUUGAUUGAUUGAUCACAAUCCGGAGGUACGGGUGGGUGGGGGGUGAUUUGCACUUCGGGACUGUUCUAUUGGUCCCAUUGUCCCGGAACAAUCCAAAUCAAAUCCACCUCGAGACUUCUACAGUAUUUGACGAAUGUAUCGGACCCCAGUCUGCUUUGUUCUGUUCCUUAUAUUAAACUGUGUUACUCAGAGUGAUCUAAACAAGGAGGGUGGGGGGGGGGACAGCUGUUGGAACAGCGCUGUUCUUCCUGUUCCAUUCUUUAUUCUGAUUCUGUAGUUCUAGUUCAUCUCCUGUUGAUCUGUAAACUCGUUCUAAGCUCUUUCUAAGUUCUGCUCUGAGUUCUGCUCUCUCUUUUUUUCUCUUUGUUUUCUGAACUCUCCCUUUGUUCUUUAGACUCCUCCCUCUUGAUAAGAACGAUAAAUAUAUCUUGUACUGAUGUCCUCAUAAAACUUCUGAAAACACC